GACACGUUUCCACGCCUGCCUGUUUAGAACUUACUUUCAAACGCGGUUAAAAUGUCAGUGGAGCAGUGACAGCUAAUUGAUGCAUUGAUUUGAUCAUAUCUUUCCAAUCAGGAAACUACGCGUUUGCUAUGUGUACACAUAUAUGAGCGGACUCCAUAAUCUGCAUUGCUUCGCUGUGGAUGUGUUUGCUGCAAGUCGCGAGCUUUGUCAUACAAUGAAUCUGACCCAUCUGAGGUUGAUUUGUGCACUUGUUCUGCUGCUAUGGCCGUGUCACGGAGACCAGGGGAACACCGCAAAAGCCAGUACUACGAACCCCUGCUGCCAUUACCCCUGCCAGCACUGGGGGGUGUGUGUGAGGGUUGGCCUGGCCGGUUACCAGUGUGAUUGCACCCGUACUGGUUACUACGGAGAAAACUGCACUAUUCCCGAGUUCUGGACGAGAAUCCACCACCUCUUCAGACCCAGUCCAGCUGCGAUCCACUACAUCCUGACUCACUUCCAGUGGCUGUGGAGCAUCAUAAACAGAACGUUCAUCCGGGACUGGCUCAUGCGUGUGGUUCUGACAGCAAGAUCAAACCUGAUCCCAAGCCCCCCAACCUUCAACUCCCGAUAUGACUACGUGAGCUGGGAGUCUUACUCCAACAUCACCUACUACACACGCCUCCUUCCCCCGGUGCCCAAGGACUGUCCCCUGCCCAUGGGAACCAAAGGAAAAGCUGAGCUUCCAGAUGCCCAGCUGUUGGUGGAAAGGUUCCUCCUAAGGAGGACAUUCAGACCAGACCCUCAGGGAACCAACCUUAUGUUUGCUUUUUUUGCUCAACAUUUCACCCACCAGUUCUUCAGUACUCACAACAGCAUGGGGCUGGGCUUCACGAAGGGCCUGGGUCACGGGGUGGAUGCAGGGCACAUCUAUGGAGACAAUCUCAGCCGCCAACUGAAACUCCGUCUGCACAGGGAUGGGAAACUGAAGCACCAGGUGAUCGAUGGUGAGGUGUACCCCCCAACCCUGACGGAGGUGCCCGUCAGCAUGAGCUACCCCCCGCAUGUCCCAAUGGAGCAGCGCUUGGCCAUCGGCCAGGAGGUGUUCGGGCUGCUCCCCGGACUGGGCUUCUAUGCCACGCUAUGGCUGCGUGAGCACAACCGGCUGUGCGACAUCCUGAAGGCGGAACACCCCACCUGGGAUGAUGAGCAGCUCUUCCAGACCGCCCGACUCAUCGUCAUCGGUGAAACCAUACGCAUUGUAAUCGAAGACUACGUGCAACACCUGAGUGGCUACCUGCUAAAGCUCAAGUUUGACCCAUCCCUGCUGUUCAAUGUCCAGUUCCAGUACCAGAACCGCAUUGCUGUGGAAUUUAACCAGCUGUACCACUGGCAUCCACUGAUGCCAGACAGUUUCAAGAUAGAUGAAGAAGAAAUCCCCUAUAGCCAGUUCAUCUUCAACACCUCCGUUCUGACCCACUACGGCGUGGAGAAGCUUGCUGAAGCCUUUUCUAAGCAGAUUGCUGGACAGAUAGGGGGCGGUCGCAACUUCCAUCCAGUAGUAACAAAGGUAGCGUUGGCUGUCAUCAAGGAGUCCAGGCAACUGCGCCUUCAGCCGUUCAACCAGUACAGGAAGCGGUUCAACCUCCAGCCCUAUUCUUCUUUUAUUGAGUUGACAGGCGAGGAGGAAAUAGCAGCAGAGCUGCAGGAGCUGUACGGCGACAUCGACGCCCUGGAGUACUAUGUCGGCCUAAUGCUGGAGAAGACGCGGCGUGGAGCUGUGUUUGGAGAGAGCAUGGUGGAGAUGGGGGCGCCGUUCUCGCUCAAGGGGCUCCUGGGGAAUCCCAUUUGCUCUCCGGAGUACUGGAAACCCAGCACCUUUGGUGGACAGACCGGCUUCGACAUAGUCAAUUCCGCCUCCCUAAAGAAACUGGUGUGUCUGAACUCCAAGUGGUGUCCGCAUGUGUCCUUCAGCGUUACGGAGAGUCCCGCCGACCCCCCCAGGGACCGCCACAAGCCGUCCACAGAACUGUAGCUAUCCAUACUGCCUGUUCACACUGAUCAUACUCAUUACUCCAGUCAUUCUGACCUAUCAUACAUACACAUUCCCACAAACAAACUGCAGCUCUAUCUGACGCGUGAAUCAUAACCCUGACCUGCUUAGGGACAGAGACAUGGCACGCACACGCAGACUGUCAUCAGCUCCAGCUUUUGGGUUAUUCUGUUGUGUCACUGUUGUACCAGUGGGUUAUUCUGCUGUGAUGCUACACAGGAACUCAACAAUGGAAAAAAAUCUAUGGGAAUUUGUCAUAAAGUGCGAUGCGGGUCUUAAGUAGCCCUAGUGAUGUUUGUCAUUUUGAAGGAUGUUUUUUAAUAAAAUUGAGACUUGAAUGUG